UUUCUGUUUUUUUUCUACUUUUCCGUUUUGUUUGUACUUUAGUGAUUUAAUUUAAAUUAUUACUACUUCGUAUAUGAGUAGUGAGUAUUGGACCACAAAACCCCCCAUCUAGUGACGUACUGUCUUCAUUAUUAUUGCAUUUUUGAGGGGCUUGAAUUGUUAGAGAGCCGGAGAAGGUUCGGAAUCAUCAACGUCAUUCGAGUGUUGAAGAGUAUGGAUUCCCAUGAUGAAAACGGAUCGGCUGAAGCCUUGCCUCCACCUCCACCCCCUCCAGCUGAAAUUCCCCCAGACGUUGUUCCCAUUAAAGCAGAAGAUCCGCCAAAGAAGAAACGUCUUCCUAUUGCUAGACGUGGUCUUGGUACUAAAGGACAAAAGAUACAGUUGCUCAGUAAUCAUUUUAAAGUCAGUGUGUCUAAUGUGGACGGUCACUUCUUUCACUACAGUGUCAACCUCAUGUAUGAGGAUGGUCGCCCUGUAGAAGCUAAGGGUGUAGGCAGAAAAGUGCUUGACAGGGUUCAGGAAACAUAUGACACGGAGCUGUCCGGCAAGAGCUUUGCUUAUGAUGGUGAAAAGAGUUUGUUUACUGUCGGAGCACUGCCAGGAAAUAAGCUGGAGUUUACUGUUGUUCUGGAUGAAGUCACUUCAGCUAGGAAUAAUAAUGGUAACGCAAGUCCUGAAGGGCGUGAUGAUCCAAAUGAGGGUGAUCGAAAGAGAGUACGACGCCCGUACCACUCAAAAACCUUCAAAGUUGAACUUAGUUUUGCUGCCAAGAUUCCUAUGCAGGCCAUAGCAAAUGUGAUACGUGGCCAGGAAAAUGAGAAUAGUAUGGAAGCCUUGCGAGUGCUUGAUAUCAUCUUGAGACAACAUGCUGCUAAACAAGGCUGUUUGCUAGUUCGACAAUCAUUUUUCCACAAUGAUCCUAAAAACUUCGCAGAUGUAGGGGGUGGUGUCCUUGGGUGUCGAGGGUUCCACUCUAGCUUUCGAGGAACUCAAUCAGGAUUGUCUCUGAACAUAGAUGUGUCCACUACUAUGAUUAUCCAGCCAGGACCUGUUGUGGAUUUCUUGAUUGCUAACCAGAAUGUUAGAGAUCCGUUCUCAAUUGAUUGGACUAAGGCGAAAAGAAUGUUGAAGAAUUUGAGGAUAAAGACUACAACUUCCAACCAAGAAUUCAAGAUAUCUGGGAUUAGUGAAAAGCCGUGCAGAGAUCAGACGUUUUCAUUGAAGCAAAAAGGUAAUGAUAAUGGUGAAGCUGAAUCAGAAGUCACUGUUUAUGAUUACUUUGUCAAUCAUCGCAACAUAGAGUUGCGCUACUCUGCUGAUCUACCGUGCAUCAAUGUUGGCAAGCCUAAGCGACCAACUUACUUCCCACUGGAGCUGUGUUCACUUGUGUCACUUCAGAGGUACACAAAAUCUUUAUCUACUCUUCAGCGUGCAUCACUUGUGGAGAAAUCUAGACAAAAGCCUCAAGAGAGAAUGAGUGUUUUGUCUCAUGCUUUGAAGGUUAGUAAUUAUGAUGCCGAGCCGUUGCUCCGAUCUUGUGGUAUCUCUAUAAGUAGUUCAUUCACGCAAAUUAAUGGGCGCGUUCUUCAAGCUCCUAAGUUGAAAGCAGGAAACGGGGAUGAGUUCUUUCCACGUAAUGGACGUUGGAAUUUUAACAACAAGAAACUUGUGGAACCUGCCAAGAUAGAGCGCUGGGCAGUUGUAAAUUUCUCUGCUCGUUGUGAUACUAGGAAUCUCGUGAGGGAUCUGAUCAAAUGUGCUGAGAUGAAAGGCAUUGGGAUUGAGCCACCUUUUGAUGUCUUUGAAGAGAACCCUCAAAACCGACGUGCACCACCACUUGUACGGGUGGAGAAAAUGUUUGAGGAUGUACAAUCCAAACUCCCUGGUGCUCCUAAGUUUCUUCUAUGCCUUCUUCCAGAGAGAAAGAACUCUGACCUCUAUGGCCCCUGGAAGAAAAAGAAUCUUGCUGACUUUGGAAUUGUGACUCAAUGCAUGGCUCCCACUCGGGUUAAUGAUCAGUAUCUGACUAAUGUUCUUUUGAAGAUCAAUGCCAAGCUUGGCGGUCUCAACUCAAUGUUGGUUGUGGAGCAUAAUCCUUCAAUCCCGCUGAUAUCAAAGGUUCCCACAAUCAUUCUUGGUAUGGAUGUAUCUCAUGGAUCACCAGGACACUCUGAUGUGCCAUCAAUUGCUGCUGUUGUGAGCUCUAGGCAGUGGCCCCUGAUUUCACGAUACAGAGCGUCGGUGAGGACUCAAUCUCCAAAAGUUGAGAUGAUCGACAACCUGUUCAAACCCGUAUCUGAUACCGAAGACGAAGGAAUAAUGAGGGAAAGUCUGCUUGAUUUUUACAUGAGCUCAGGAAAGAGAAAGCCUGAACACAUUAUAAUAUUUAGAGAUGGUGUCAGCGAGUCACAGUUCAAUCAAGUUCUGAACAUUGAGCUGGACAAGAUCAUUGAGUCCUGCAAAUUCCUUGAUGAGAAAUGGAACCCAAAGUUUGUGGUGAUUGUUGCUCAGAAAAAUCACCACACAAAGUUUUUCCAGCCGGGCGCUCCUGAAAAUGUUCCUCCAGGUACUGUAGUUGAUAACAGUGUAUGUCAUCCAAGGACAUAUGAUUUCUAUAUGUGUGCACAUGCAGGAAUGAUUGGUACGACCAGGCCUACCCACUACCGUGUUCUGCUGGAUGAAGUGGGUUUUUCACCUGAUGAUUUGCAAGAGCUUGUUAAUUCUCUAUCCUAUGUGUAUCAGAGGAGUACCACAGCUAUUUCUGUUGUUGCCCCGGUGUGCUAUGCCCAUUUAGCAGCCACACAAAUGGGACAGUUUAUGAAGUUUGAAGACACUUCAGAAACAUCGUCUAGCCACGGGGGUAUGACUUCAGCUGGUUCGAUACCUGUGCCUCAGCUUCCAAAGCUCAAUGAAAACGUGUCGAGUUCAAUGUUUUUCUGCUGAAGAGGGCUGGUUUAACUCUGACCCCCUCUCUUGGGUGUAAAUGUUUAGGAUUAUGCAAGUGAAGUCGACUUGUUGGGUUUUGUUUUAAAGUGAUUUGACACUUAGUAUCCGAUGCUGUGGCAUGGUGAUGGUAUGCCAUGAAUUAUGCAUUAAUUUAAUGUCCUAAGUUAAUGUGAUCGACACUUUUGUAAGUAGUAACGGUAAGACUGGUAGCUGUAGCCCUCGGUUGAUGUUUUUUAAGUUAAUGGCAAGUUUUGCCCUUAUAGAAUGUUCUGCUUUGGAUGCUUUUAUUUUUGAAAA